AUGAGGCCCGUGAGUGGCUCCCUCUCGGGGAAGGUAGUUCUGCCGUGCCACUUCUCCACCAUACCCACUACCAUGCCCACCAUCAACGCCAAAGGCACCACCCCCAGCACCGACUACCUGCGCAUCAAAUGGACCAAAAUGGAUGGGGAAAAGGAAUUCACAGUGUUGGUGGCCCAAAACGGCAAGAUUAAAAUAGGCUCCAUCUACAGGAAUCGCGUGUCGGUGCCCAGCCACCCAGAGGAUGUGGGGGACUCUUCUCUGACCAUGGUGAAGCUCAGAGCCAGCGAUGCCGGCACCUACCGUUGCGAGGUCAUGUACGGCAUCGAGGACACGCAGGACACGGUCAACCUCAAUGUCAACGGUGUUGUGUUUCACUACCGGGCAAGUACCAGCAGGUACACCAUGAACUAUGAGAGUGCUGUCCAGGCCUGCCAAACCAUAGGCGCCUCCAUUGCCACGCCUGACCAGCUGAAAUCAGCCUAUGAGGACGGCUUUGACCACUGCGAUGCUGGCUGGAUCGCAGAUCUGUCAGUUAGAUACCCAAUCACUAGACCGAGACCUGGCUGCUAUGGCAACCUGCAGGGGAAGCCUGGAGUGAGGACAUAUGGACCCCGAAAGGCCACAGAGACCUAUGAUGUGUACUGUUAUGUGGACAAGCUGAAUGGUGAGGUGUACUACGCACCUGUGACCCGUAAGAUGACGUUUGAGGAGGCAAAGGAGGAGUGUGAAAACAGGAACGCUGUCCUGGCGUCGCCGGGUCAGCUCCACUCCGCCUGGCGACAGGGUCUGGACAGGUGUGACUAUGGCUGGCUGGCCGAUGGCAGCGCUCGCCACCCCGUCGCGGUACCCAGAAUGCAGUGUGGCGGCGGUCUGCUGGGCGUCAGGACAAUGUACCGCUACAGGAACCAGACAGGCUUCCCAGAACCCUUCACCCAUCUGGGAGCAUACUGCUUCAAAGGCAUCCACUCCUGUGCUGAGAACAUUUGUCUGAAUGGGGGCUCUUGCUACAGAAGCGGAAGUCUCCAAUCUUGCGGCUGUGCCCCUGGCUACAGUGGAGAUCGAUGUGAAACAGACAUUGAUGAAUGUCAAUCCAACCCCUGUCGCAAUGGAGGUACCUGCAUUGACGGCCUGAAUUCCCUCACCUGUGUUUGCCUCCCAAGCUACACUGGAUUGUAUUGUGAAGAAGACACUGAGACGUGUGACUACGGCUGGCAUAAGUUCCAGGGACACUGCUACAAGUACAUCCCCCAGAGGAGGAACUGGGAUACAGCAGAGAAGGAUUGUCGGGUACAGGGGGCACACCUCACCAGCAUCCUCUCCCAUGAUGAGCAGCAAUUUGUCAACCGUCUUGGACAGGACUACCAAUGGAUCGGCCUGAACGAUAAGAUGUACGAGAAUGACUUCCGCUGGACCGACAGCAUACCCAUGCAAUAUGAAAACUGGCGUCCCAACCAGCCGGACAGUUUCUUCUCGUCUGGAGAGGACUGUGUGGUGAUGAUCUGGCACGAAGACGGCCAGUGGAACGAUGUGCCCUGCAAUUAUCACCUCACCUUCACCUGCAAGAAAGGCACAGUGGCCUGUAGUCAGCCCCCUCUGGUACUGAACGCUCAGACCUUCGGCAGGAAGAGGUCACGCUAUGAGAUCAAUGCUCUGGUGAGGUACCAGUGUAAGGACGGCUUCAUCCAGAGGCACGUGCCAACCAUCCGUUGCCGUGGAGACGGCCGAUGGGACAUCCCCAAAAUUGCUUGCAUGAGUCCAUCAAACUUCCAAAGGACCUUCUCAAGGAGGCACCAGGGCUACAGCCUGUUCAGCAGUAACAACUACAAGCGGCGGUCCGACGAGGCGGAGGCCCGACACAGUCCUCGCCAUCAAGGAAGGAGAGCGAGGAGAUCGGUGAACAAGCGAAACAGAAGACGGUGAUCGCCAUGGUUAGGCUAGAUCACGCCUACUCACAAUCCGCAGAGCCUACACUAUAGGAACGCAUGACUGUCACUCGUGGAGAUUUGUUUUUUUACAAAAGAAAAAUACAUUUUAAUAAAAAAGGAACAAAAUAACUAAAAAAAGAAACCCAAAGGAAAUGUGAAAUUUUCUUGCCAUUUUGAUGAUGGAAUCUUGGAAUGAAGUGCCUUUUCAAAUAAUAUUCUGAUAAAGGGACACAAUUUUAUAACAACGCCAAAGUGGAUACCUUCCGCUGGCUACUGGAAAAUAAGGAAAAAUUACCUCAUGAGUGUGCUGGGGAAGAACUUUGAACCAAAUAGUGCAUUCAUUAGACAGUUUUCUCUAUUUUACAGACUGAAGAUUGUUCAACUCUUACAUGGGGAAAAAGAUACAGGCAAAUACCAGCUUUUGUGAAAUUAUAGCGCUUGUGUUUUGCAAAAGAAUACAAUACAUUUCCAAAUAGUCUGCUACGCAGCUCCUAACGCUCAAAUGAAUCCACAUUACCCAAUACAUCUCUCCAUUAAGGUCCUCUCCAUAAUCCGAAAAUACAAUUUCAAAGAAAAAGGAUCUAUCCUUGGGUAAAUCAUCACGUCAAUAGAGGUCUUGUUGUUACAAAUGAUUACUGUAUUUUGUGCCGUUUUUCAUCCAAGAUUUCAGCUUCACCAGAGGAACGGAGCAGGUCCUGGGACUAUUGGAUGGCACACGUCACUUACCAAUCAGAUUUCAGAUCACUGAAAAAAAUAAAAGAAACAUGGGAAAGGGCGAUCCAAUCAAUUUAGAGUGCUGGAGACCUUUCGUUUUGUGACGGCAGCUUUGAACAAAUGACCAGUUCCUUAUCAUCCGCUGCAGCCUUCAUCCCGUCUACUCUGUGUCUUGUAAAGAUAAAUAUAAAUGAAUAGAUAUAUAAAGAAUAUAUUAUACAUUGAUAAUGGGUGCUGUUUUCUUAGGUCAAUGUAAAAUGACAAUUGAGAGAAUGUACUCUGUGAAACACUCCAAAAGACUUGAACAAACACCUUUUUCAACAAGAGAUGCAAUAUUUAUUUUUCAAGCUGCUUUUCCUCUUCUUGCUAUGCUAUUGCUUCAACAGUAAAAUAUUCUGAUGAUGCAAUCAGUUGGUCUGACUACAGUCUCAAUACUUUGUACAUGCUUUGCAGGAGACAGCUAACAUCACAGUAUUAGUCAGUGUGAUGAAGAUAUUCCUUUACUACACACUAAGCUAGAUAGACCUUAUAGUAUGACAUUUAGGGGUCAACAAUGGACCAAUGUGUAGGGCUUCAAUCAGCUGAAUAUGCCUUGUCCCCGUCACAAUAUUACCAAACACUUUGUACAAAUUCUGUGUUGCACAGUUGAUUACUGUCAUCAAUUUGUGUAGUCCCCAGCAGUUGUGCUUUUUAAAACCGUUUUUGUAUGUUUGUCUCGUUUUGUCAGUUGUGUUUUAGCAUUAAAGUCGGCAUAAUGUUUUAUAUUCAUAGUAUAACUUUUUAUAUUACAAUGUGAAUGUCUGUGAUGUUUAUGAAAUUCAUUUUUAAAGAAAACAAGACUAUUUUUUUCCUGCUCUCCGUCGCCAAAUAAUAAAUAUAUGUUUGUACAUUUUA